CAAUAUGUGACCAGUUUCUAGUGUAGACCCUCCCAUUUCUGUCUGUCUUCGUGGAAUUUGGUAGCGAGUGCUGAGUUUCUUCCUGUACUGUCGACUAGAAGCGCCACGAGUUUCCUUGUUUUUACUUCUUCCUUCUCUAUGCUUUCCUCCGACAUAGUCAUUAUCUCACUUCUCUGGCUUCUCUCUUCGUUUGAUUCCUGUUUAAAGUUUGGUUUUUGGGCCAGGGAUCCAUGUCUAUGCUCCUGACAAUAAAUUGUCGAUCCUCUACUUAGGCUGUGCUGUGUGUCCUUCAGUCUCUCUACCGCAUCUUCAACGUGUUUAUGUUUUGUUUUGUGUUUUUUUUUUGUGUUUUUGUGUUUUUUUUUUUUUUUUUAAAUAUAUUUUUAGUCGCUAACAGAUUGCAAUGAGGAACCAAGUUAUAGAAUUAACCGAUACGUCCGAGAUAGGGGAGAUAAUAAUGGACGACUCUCCUGAAAGUGAUGACUCACCGAUGGCCCCUCCUCUCACCAGAAGGCUUUCAUCUACCUCCCGUGCACAAGAGUCAACCUUGCAUCCGUUAUACCUUCCAACAAAUGAAGACGCUUGUGUUUGGUGCUGCAGAAAAUAUGAAGAAGUUUUUUACCAGCGCUUCGAGAACUAUAUCAAAUGCUGUACAAAGAAAUCAUGAAGAACUUAAGGAUUCAGAGGAUCUGAUAGAGGAAGAAAUUCCGAUUCUUGCCGAGUUGGGACCCGCUGCAUUAUUUAGAUACCACUUGAAUGAUUGGCUGCAGAUUGUGCUUGUCAUUCUACUUUGGCUUCUUUGCUUUUUGGUUCCUCCAUUCCAACGUCAUGUAGGAGAAAAGAACUUCGCAACUCCGGAGUUAAGAUAUCCGUUUAAAUCUAACACUAUUCCUUUCCAAGCUGUGCCGGUGAUUGCCGUAUUUGUACCUUUGGUUGUUAUCGUGGGAAUCUUCAUCAAAAGGAGGAAUUUUCGAGAUUUGCAUCAUGCUCUAUUGGGUCUGUUAACCGCUGUUGCGCUCACAGCACUGAUAACAGAUGCCGUGAAAGUUGGGAUCGGACGACCUCGUCCUCACUUUUAUGCUCGAUGCUUUGGGGGCACUCUCGCCCAACCUAAUUACGAUCCAGUAACCGGGAACGUCAUCUGUGUUGCAACUGCUAAAGAAAUGAAGGAAGCAUACAAGAGUUUUCCAAGCGGACAUACCUCAUGGACUUUUGCUGGUCUGAGUUACCUGGCAAUGUACAUGGCCGGUAAGCUCAGUAUCUUCGACCGGAAGGGUCACUCAUGGAAGGUUUUACCCAUAAUUGUGGUAAUGCUCUGCGCCACUUUUGUUGGCGUUACCCGAAUUGAUGACUACUGGCACCAUUGGACUGAUGUUUGCACUGGUGCCUCCAUUGGAACUUUGACGGCUUACUUCUGCUAUCGCCAACACUUCCGAAGCUUAUUCGAUGAUUUACCUCACUCCACUUAUGACUACAUUCCUGUUGGCUCUGUUCCCCGUGCCACUCAAAUUAAAUCCAAGCGGUCAGUAUCAGCUCCUCCCGAGAAUUCUUCUUUCGACAAUUCUUCUUAUGACAAAACUUCUUACGACGUUGAGCAAGGUAGAGUGACAGAUUCAUUCGAUCAUAAGUAGGUGCUGCCAAUGAAACAAAGAGUUUCCUAGUGGCAAUGGCGGUGUGGUACAACGUAUUUUGCGGAGUCGAAUUGUUCCGUUUCAGUUGAGAUGUUCUUUUGAUUUCAUUUCUCCUUCAUGUAAGAGUGUGAACAUAUUUGAAGAAAAAACGGAGAUAUGUAAGUCACCAGUGGGGUUUGGACCCACACCCAACUGUACAGUACUGGUGACUAAACAUUGAGUUUAGCGUCUUAAAAUUUUCGGUAAUAUUCGUAAUGUUUUGCAUACCUGUCAGUAAUGUAGUGAAUUGAUGCAACAGAUGCUUCCUACAGAGGUUUUGUAGUGACGAUGUUGAAGUUACGUAUAAUGUUCUUCAGAUUGUUGUGACAAUGUUCCUUAGACUUUCUGUUUGAAACAUAUUCAUCUAGAUUUUUUGA